AUGCCUUCUGCCACUCUUGCCAGUACGGGCGACGGGGCCACGGUUCCCAUCCACACCACUAUGGCGCAGCCACUGCUCUUUUCUAAUUCUGGACGAAACGUCGAGCCUAUCCGUCGCCGGAUGGCCCGCCGCGGUAUGAGAGUAGCCUCCGAAGCCUAUACCGUACCAAUGCAACAACCCAUGCCCCGACUGAAUAAAGAGUUCGGCCAUAAAGUAGUGGAUAAGCCAAGGCGCGCCAUGGUGCGCUGCUACUCGCUACCAGUAGCCUCCCUAUCGCUGGGUGGCACGCAAACCGCAAACCGCGUCACAAGGGCUGCAUAA